AUCCAGCUUAAGUUGUUUCAAUUACCUAUAUUUUAAUAUAACGCAGAUUACUGUAGGAGUUAUUUCGAUUACUAUUGGUCAUUAUGAAGUGCAUUUGGUUUGUGUUGCUUGUAGAAGUUAUGAGCGUAGUUGAUUCACAUCGACCGCUGACCAACGGGGGGAGUUAUGAAGUAUCUUCGUUUUCCACGAAAGCUAAAUCAAUAGCAGAGGUGAUCUACAUGAUGUGCUUGCCCAAAGUUCCUGAUUACGUUCACGCAACAGCAAGACCAAGCAACCCAUCUUUGCCCCACAAGUUCAACGUGACCAUUCUUGAAAUUAAGAAACUCAGCUUUAUAGUUGAAAUAGAGCGAGUUGAUCAAGCUACAAGGUGGGAUUGGAUGCCGAUAACUGUGGAUUGGUCCUCGUAUAUAAAAGGUAACGGAAUGGUUUAUCAGAAUCUGAUCCUUUGGUUCCCUGAUGCUGCAGAUAAAAGAUUCAUGAACCGUAACACAGCAUCGAAGUACUGCAUUGACAAUGGCGGUCGAUUGGUGGAUAUUGUGGAUAAAGCGAUGUACGACGUGGUUUAUAACUACAGUCGACAAACCAUCGUAUUCCGAUCACAUAGUUGGGCUCGUAUUUGGCUCGGUUCAAGUUACAACACAACGACUGAUACAGUGACGCAGAGCAACGGGAAACCUGGUUAUCAUGGAGGUUGGUACCCUGGUUAUCCGUGGAGAGGAAGUGGACGGGAGACGUACACCGGAUUGUUGCUUUACAUCGCACCACCAAGUUACACCAACCACGGAAUGUAUAAUCGUCGCCCGACAUUGGUUGUUGGUCUCGUUACACCAUUAUGUUCAACUAACCUAAUGUAACUUAGUUAGCAUAAGUUGGAUGGUGAAUGAAUUAAUAUUUGAAUGGGUGAAUGUAACGUAUAUACAAGGGUCGAAUUAGUAGCGUGCAUUUUUUCUUUGUUUAAAUUUGACGCAUUUUUCCGCAAGGUUUAAUCACUCACGCCAACACAUGUUUAUAACAUUCGUUCACUCUGCGUCGCAUUGCAACGGUAAUAAUACCAUCUACGGUAAAAACGGUUAAAUA